AUGACACUUGACCCAUCACUAGCCAAUGUGUCACCCAGCAUGACACUUGACCCAUCACUAGCCAAUGUGUCACCCAGCAUGACACUUGACCCAUCACCAGCCAAUGUGUCACCCAGCAUGACACUUGACCCAUCACCAGCCAAUGUGUCACCCAGCAUGACACUUGACCCAUCACUAGCCAAUGUGUCACCCAGCAUGACACUUGACCCAUCACCAGCCAAUGUGUCACCCAGCAUGACACUUGACCCAUCACCAGCCAAUGUGUCACCCAGCAUGACACUUGCCCCAUCACCAGCCAAUGUGUCACCCAGCAUGACACUUGACCCAUCACUAGCCAAUGUGUCACCCAGCAUGACACUUGACCCAUCACUAGCCAAUGUGUCACCCAGCAUGACACUUGACCCAUCACUAGCCAAUGUGUCACCCAGCAUGACACUUGACCCAUCACCAGCCAAUGUGUCACCCAGCAUGACACUUGACCCAUCACCAGCCAAUGUGUCACCCAGCAUGACACUUGACCCAUCACCAGCCAAUGUGUCACCCAGCAUGACACUUGACCCAUCACUAGCCAAUGUGUCACCCAGCAUGACACUUGACCCAUCACCAGCCAAUGUGUCACCCAGCAUGACACUUGACCCAUCACCAGCCAAUGUGUCACCCAGCAUGACACUUGCCCCAUCACCAGCCAAUGUGUCACCCAGCAUGACACUUGACCCAUCACUAGCCAAUGUGUCACCCAGCAUGACACUUGACCCAUCACUAGCCAAUGUGUCACCCAGCAUGACACUUGACCCAUCACCAGCCAAUGUGUCACCCAGCAUGACACUUGACCCAUCACCAGCCAAUGUGUCACCCAGCAUGACACUUGACCCAUCACCAGCCAAUGUGUCACCCAGCAUGACACUUGACCCAUCACCAGCCAAUGUGUCACCCAGCAUGACACUUGACCCAUCACCAGCCAAUGUGUCACCCAGCAUGACACUUGACCCAUCACCAGCCAAUGUGUCACCCAGCAUGACACUUGACCCAUCACCAGCCAAUGCUACAAGGUUCUGUUUCAGAUAUAAAAGAACGGAGCAAGAACAUAACAGAACCUCGGCUGUACAAGAAUCAUGUGCCAACUGUCCAUUUUCUGUUAACAGUAAUACCAUAAUGCAGACAAAUAGUUCAAAAUUGUACAAAUCAAAUGGAAUAACCUUCAUUAAGUUAGAUGUGCAUGAUGCAGGAACUAGCCAAGUAAGGAAGAGAAUAGCUUAUAUUAGAGAUCUUUAA